AUGAGCGAACUUAGCCAGUUCAACGCGACCAGCGCCGACGACGAGUGGGAGGUCCGCCAGAAAAAGAUUCAAGACGCUGAGCGGUUCCGGAAUCUAGGCAACGAGAGCUUCAAACGAGGAUUCCUCGAGUCUGCGAUAGAGUACUACUCUAAAGCCAUAGAAUGCUACCCGGACAACUUCGAGUACUACACCAAUCGCGCUCUCUGCUACAAAAAGCAGGAAAAGUGGCAGAACGUCGCUGAUGACGUUAGGAAGGCGCUGAACAUAGACGCGGAAUCAGUCAAAGCUCACUACUACCUCGGCCAGGCGCUGCUACACUUAGGCGAACCUGAGGAAGGCCUAAAAAAACUCGUUAAGGCCAAGACGCUCUCCGAGCAUUACAAAGUCCCUUUCAUCAACGAAAUCGAAGAUGAAAUACUCCGGGCAAAGAAGUCUGUUUGGAUGAACGAGGAUGCUGCUUUCGUCCAGGACCUCUGCAGCUUGAAGAACUACAUAGAACGUAACAUCGUCCAAGACUUUAGGAGUGGCAAGAUGACCGAAGACGAAAGCGGAAAGCUAGCGUUGCAGUAUAAAACAGUAUUCGAAGCGCUGGAUAAGGCGAGAGAACAUAACAUACCAAGCUACCUGUGCUGUAAGAUAUCCAUGGUGAGCAUGACAAGGCGCACCGACAUCACGUCGCAGAGUAUCAUGAAAGACCCAGUGGUCACAUCGAGCGGAAUCACGUACGAACGUGAACUACUGGAGCAACACUUUAAAUGCAAUGGGGAGUUUGAUCCCGUAACGAGGGAACCUUGCUCUCCCAGGAAUGUAUAUCCCAACUACUCCAUCAAAGAGGCGAUUGAUUUGUACUUGAAGGAGUAG